AUAUUGACAAAUUUUUUGUUUUUUCUUUUGUCGUCCUCGAGAAAUAAAUUGAAUCUUUUUAUUUCCCUUGCUUUUAUAUUAUCUAUUUUUAUACUUUUUUUUUUGUAUUUGUUACUUUUGAAAUCUCAUUAAACUGGGAUUUGUUUCUGGUAUAUAUAAAAUAUCCCUAAAGGUUGUCAAGCUUCGAGACAAGGACACCAACAAAAUACAUAUAUAAAACAAAAAAAGUUUUUCUUAUAUCCUCGCUCUCGUGGUUCGUUGUUGUCUUCGACUUCAACCCAUAAAAAAUAUGGCACUCACUUUGGAUAGCCUUAAGCCCAUUUUCCCAAAGUAUGAUUACAAGUACACUGAACGACCGAAAGCUGCUUGCUCCACAUAUCUUAGUGACAGGAAUCCAUUUAACCUGCCCCAAGCGAGUGAAUAUCAAAUAGAGGAUGUGCCUAGGAUGUCGUUGUCCUCGUCUACACCAGCACCAUUACCACCAUCAGCUUCAAACUAUGAUGGCCAACUCCUCACAAGCAAUACUAUCGACUGUAAGGGAAAGUCUCGUGGGUUAUUUUUCCAUCAUCAUCCUCAGGGUAAUGUAAACGUCAUCUGUGUUAAAUUAAGUGAAGACUGUAAGAGUCCUGUUCCGGUGAUUUGCAGGGAACGAACUAAAACGAGAUGUACUCAAACACGUUACAGAGAAUCAUCAGCUCAAACCCGUCCAUAUCUCCCUGAAUUAGCCAAUGAUAAAGAAAACUAUGAAACUAACGAAGUUUAUCAAAUUUCUCAGCUUCUUGAUAGCUAUCAACCACCUGGAGAAUAUGAAGCAAAAGUUGUCGAACGUACACGACGUCGUCGUCAGUACGAAAAAGCUCUUAAAUUACUCAACAACAAGUACAAAGAAAAACAUCAAUCUGUUGUUGAAGCUUUAGAAUGGGAAGACUGGGUAGCUCGCGAAGAAUACAUUCAAGACUGUCAAAUGUUACGAAUGCAAAUUGUUGAAAAAAUGUUUGAAAAUCGGGAGAAAAAUCUCCGACAAAUGUCGGAACAAAGAAUUUCUUUCAGUACUGAAAGAAUUCAAGCUAAACGUUUUGGACAGUUGAGAAAAAUUCAAAUUGAGUACGAUCGAGAAAUGCGAAGACUUGAAGCUAAGAAACUAAAGAUUAAUCGAAAUUAUCGAAAGGGUAACAUUAUUCAGGAACACAUUGAUCCGGCUUCAGAUUUGCAUGCACCCCAAAUGAGAUUCGGAGUUAAUCCGAAUCGUAGGCAUUUUGUUGGCUUCCGGAAGAAUUUUGAUGAUAGGAUUGAUGAGUUGGAUAGGCAAAGAGAUGUGGGGAGAGUGUCUUCGCUGGCAUGUCCGUUUAGAAAGUUAAAAACUUGGGCAAAGCCAAAGGAACGAAUGAAAGAAGUUACUCAAAGGUUUUGUAGCGAUGAAAACUUAAAGAAUAUGUAUGACAGUUUGAAGGGUCUUCGAAUGAAAUCUGAAGCUCCGAAACGAGCUCCCAAGUGUCUAAGGAAAAAGGCGACAUCAUUUAAGCCGGAAGAAGUUUUCAAAUGUGAAGAAUUAAUCGAAGAACAACGAUCGAUUACAUCUUUUAUAGCUCAGCCUCUUGACGAAUCCAUCAAAACUGAUAUCCAUGAUGACCGAGAAUUUGUGGAAGAACAAGAACCUCCUACCGAUCAGCAAGUCCAUGAAAAAAUUCAAAUCAAAAGUGAUGACGAAAUUGCAGGAAUUCUGGGAGAGUUCGAAGGCACAACUCUUGGAAACCUCCUUCAGUUUUUAAGUGACGAACUUGGACGACUAAAAUUACAAAAGAAAUUCCAAGCUAUUCAUUUGCUAGCAAAAAAAGAACGCUGGUGGCGAGAAGCCGCUGAAGCUGGUCAAAGACAAAAAGAGAACAAACAACGUGAAGAACAAGAAGAACUUUUCGCCAAAGCCUACGAAACUCGUCAAGACACUUCUUCUUUAUUCCUUGAAUCAGUGCUAGAAAGAGAAUUCAAUUUUACCCAUCAAACCUUAGCAAGAGACAAAAUUACCCAACUUGCUGAAGAAGUUCCAGAAUUUGAUCAAGACGAAUUGGAUCUUGAGAUAAUAUUGUCAAAAGGCAAAGAUAGACAAGCUUAUGAUCGAAUGGUAAUCAGUGAUUGUGUUAGGAAUCAAGUAUUUGCUGUGGCCGAAGAACGGUUUGCUAAGAUGAAAGUUGAAAAGUUGCAUGCAACUCAUUUGCGAGCAAUCGAAGAAGAACUGUAUGCAAGUGUGGAAAAAGCUUUAGCUGAUGAAUUUCAAGUUCCUGAGGGGAUUUGUAUUGUUGGCGAAAUUUUAGACGAACUAAUUGACAAUGCAGUUACGUAUGAUUUUGACAUAUUUACACCUUCUUCGUCGUCAUUGGAAAGUGCAUUCGAUACACAACAGGAAGUCAAUGAUAUUAUAAGCAAGCUAUUGCAACUGGUAACUCAAAAGUCUGAUGAAGAGUGCAACUUUUUUGAUUUGACAGCUGAAAAAGAAGCUAAAGCUUUGAUAAGAAAGUUGAUCAGGAAGACCAUUCCCCAAAAACGGUGGAAGGAUGAAAGUGAAAGAAUAGUUGAACAGACUUUAAGUGACACAUUUAAUGAGGCAGUUUAUGAAUUAGAAUGUCUCAAAGCUUCGCAGCAAGUUCGUGCAGACGAUAGGCUGAAUGAAGUUAUUUCAGAAAUUUACAAUCGUUUGGAAGAAUGUUGGGGAAAGAAUAAUGAACACAAAACACAAGGAGAAACUUCAGCUUCAGAUAUUUCUGGAUUUCUUAAAAGUGUUCCAUCAAAUAUUGAUAUUUUUGAAAAUUCCUCAGCAAAUACUGUUUCUUCAGGAGAAAGUCCCGAUGACAGAAUGAUAAAUGAAGAAAUUAAUUUAAUGAAAAAAAUUGAAUAUAUUGAUGCAAAAAAUUUAGAAAAAUAUGAACCAAUAGAAAUUUGUCGAUGUCACGAACGUUUUAAUUUAUUAGAGAAAACUUCAAAAUCUUGGAAGAGUUUAAGUAGUUUGGAAAAUGAAUUUUCUGACAAACCAAUAACUUCAACAUCGAGUGAGGAAAAUCUAUCAUUUUCAUCACAUUACAAGGAUCUUAUUUCGGAGCCAUUUUCAAGAGCUGUUUAUCCAGAUUUACCGGUGGAAUUUCAAGAUGAUGAAGAUCGUGUAAAGUUAAUGACUGAAGGUAGUUAUGAGAGAGCAAGUGCAUGUAUUGAAAGGGCAAGCAUUUAUCAAGAAAAACCAAGAUGUAGUUGUUACAGAUCUAGAGAUGGUUUGAGGAGGUCUUCUUUUUAAUCAGAAUUUGAAGAACUUUAUUUUGAUAGCUGAAAACAUAAUCAUUUAUCAAGUGUUACAAAAAUUGGAAGUAAUUAAAAUUUGAAAGAUUUUAAUAAAAUUUAAACUGUUUGAUCGUUUC